AUGGCAAUUCAAUAUGGUUAUCUUGAAUGCCACUAAGGAUAGGGUUGUAAAAAGUGUGAUAAUUAAUUUAUCUUAAUUAAUGAAACAGCCAUGUCUUAAUAGAAUAAAGUCUUAAUUGAUGAGAAAGAAGAUAUAAAUGAAGAAGUAAUUAUUAUUCAAUUAUUAAAAAUUAAUUUGAUUAGAUUUGGUUAGAUCUAAAUCCGUUUUGGAAUCCUUUUAUAAUUAAUGAAACUACCAUAUAAAAGGUGACAUAAAAUUAUGCUUCUUUAAGAUAUUAUGAUUUACUCCAUGAUUGGUAUAUCAGGAUUAUCAUUACUCACAGGUUUAUUAGAUCUAUUAUAAUCAUUGUCCUAUAUUAAAUUUAUAUAGUAUUCAUUUCCACCUCAUCUGAUGUAAUUCUUGAAUACUUAUACUAAAGUAUCAGACCAGUAUUAAGACAUUUUUAAAUAGAAGAAUUAUUUAAAUCUUUAAAUGAUGGAAGUUUAUUAUUCAAAAGUACAAGAUAAUCAACUUAAAUUUAAGCAAACCCAUUUAAUUAGUUUUAUCUACUAAAUGCUUAAGGUUAUAACUUUUUUAUUUUAUGCUCAUUAACAGCUUAUUUUAUUUCCAUCUUACUGUCCUCUAAUAAAGUUUUAUUCUUUAAGAAUUUUAUUUGUAAAAUUCAAAAAUAAUUAUACAUAGCAUAUAAUGCAUUUUACUUUACAAAAGUCUAAAAGCUUUUUAUGAAAUUUAGAAAUUAAUACUUCUCUUUCGGUAUAUUCUAGAUUAAUUAUUUUUUAGUGUAUUAUUGUAAUAUCCUGAUUAUAGCUUCAAUUCUCCACUUAUGAUAUUAAAUAGCGUGAAUGCUAUUAUUGGACUUGUGUUAAUAACAUAUUUUAGUUUAUAAAUGCUUUCCAUAACAUCAUCCAAAAUAAAAGACAAACUAAAAUGGAAAUACUUUUAUCAACAUUCAUUACCUCAUUUUUGGACUGUAAAUUAUAAGUCAUUUUAAAUAUACAAAAUUAUGAUUUAUAUAUUUCUAAUCUCGAAGCUAUAAACUAUCCAGAAAUAUAAUAAAUAUUACUUUCAAUGUCAUCAGUUUUCUAUUUAGGUUACUUAUUAAAUUUAAACCUAUAAUCCAUUAAUGAAUUUACCAAACUAAUAUUAAGAGAAAUUUAAAUUGCUCUUAACAGGGUCAUUGUUUUGAUAUUGAAUAAAAUUAUUUAUUAUUAGUAGGGUGGAUUUAAAUCAGCUAUUUUUCUUUUUAAUGUUGGUCUCAAAUUUAAGUGUCGAUUUAAUUGA